AUGCCAGAGAAGGAACUUAAUUACAUUGCGUCUAAUGAUGCUGCUUCUUCGGGAGAGAAAAAUGGUGGAGUUACCGUUGAUGUUUUCGCAUACGGAGACCAAAAGGCAGAGCAACACUUGAGCCCCUGGGGAAGAUUUGCUGAUUCUUUCAAGCGAUAUGACGUUGAGGAGUUGGGUCUUGACCCUAACUUGUCUGACGUGGAAAGGACAGCUAUCAUGACUGCAAAUUCCCCUCUUUCUCGUUCUUUGAAGAACAGACAUUUACAAAUGAUCGCUAUUGGUGGGGCUAUCGGUACUGGUUUAUUCGUUGGUUCCGGUAAGAGAUUGCACACAGGUGGACCUGCCGGUGUUUUGAUCGGUUACACCUUGAUCGGUACCAUGAUUUACGUUACUUGCCAAGCCCUUGGUGAACUUGCUGUUACUUUUCCUGUUGCUGGUGCCUUUGUCACCUACAACACCCGUUUUAUUGAUCCUUCCUGGGGUUUUGCCAUGGCCUGGAAUUAUGCUAUGGGUUGGCUCAUUACUCUCCCUCUUGAACUUGUUGCUGCUUCUAUGACUGUUAAUUAUUGGAAUAGCACAGAGAAUCCCGCGGCGUUCGUGGCUAUUUUCUAUGUUAUUAUUUGUGUCAUUAAUUUCUUCGGUGCUCGAGGAUAUGGGGAGGCAGAAUUCGUUUUCUCUAUUAUUAAAGUGACAGCGGUGAUUGGGUUUAUUAUAUUUGGUAUCGUUAUUGUUUGCGGUGGUGGUCCAAAUCAUGUUUACCUUGGUGCUCGUUAUUACUACCAUCCUGGUGCUUUUGCAAACGGAUUCAAAGGUGUUUGUUCUGUCUUUGUGUCUGCUGCAUUUGCCUUUGCCGGUACUGAAUUGGCUGGUUUGGCUGCUGCUGAAACUGAAAACCCAAGAAAAUCUCUUCCAAAGGCCACUAAGCAAGUUUUCUGGAGAAUUACUUUAUUCUACAUUCUCUCUUUGUUACUUGUUGGUUUGUUGGUUGCAUACAAUGACCCAAGAUUAACUUCUGGUACAUCUUCCGCUGAUGCCAGAGCUUCUCCAUUCGUUUUGGCCAUUGUCGAUGCUGGUAUCAAGGGUUUACCAUCUGUGAUGAAUGUCGUUAUUAUGAUUGCUGUUCUUUCUGUUGGUAACUCCUCAGUGUUUGCCUCCAGUAGAACCCUUGCUGCUCUUGCUGCCGCUAACCAAGCUCCGAAGAUCUUCAACUACAUUGACAAGAAGGGUCGUCCUUUAUUCGGUAUUAUCAUUUCAUGUCUUUGUGGUGCUUUAUGUUUCCUUGUAGCUUCCAGACAACAAAGUCUUGUCUUUGAUUGGUUAUCUGCUUUAUCUGGUCUUUCCUCAUUAUUCACUUGGGGUUCCAUCUGUUUCUGUCACAUUCGUUUCAGACAUGCCUUGCUGGCUCAAGGCAGAACCACCGAUGAGAUUGCAUACCUUGCCCAAACUGGUGUCUAUGGUUCUUACUAUGGUGUGAUUUUGAUUCUUUUGGUCUUCGUUGCCCAAUUCUGGGUUGCUCUUUUCCCAAUUGGAGGUGAACCAAACGCUAAUGAUUUUUUCCAAGCUUACUUGUCCGUUCCAGUUGUCUUUUUCUUCUAUGCUUGCCACAAGCUUUGGACUAGAAACUGGAAAUUGUACAUCAGAGGUAAGGAUAUCGACAUUGACACUGGUAGACGAGAGCUUGAUUUGGAAGUCUUGAAGCAAGAGCUUGCUGAAGAAAAGGAAAGAAUUGCCUCCAAGCCAUUCUACUACAGACAAUGGGCUUACUGGUGUUAA